AUGGUUUCAGUCCUUGUCUUGGCCUUGACGGCCGCGGCGGUUUACUUUGUAUAUGGGAAUUUGUCUGCUUUGAGGAAGAAUAUUGCACACGCGAAAAGGUCUGGCAUACCAUACAUCGUAACACCUUUUGCGACAUACAACUUAAUUUGGCUUCUCACACAAAAGAUUCUAAAACCGUUGCUUGAUCAACUGCCCCAAAGAUGGACGGAGUCCUGGUUGCCUUUCCUUACAGCCGACUGGGUGUACGAGCUAUGCUACGCGCCCAUGAAGAAAACAGGAGAUGUCUUUAUGACAGUGUCUCCUGGCGCAAUGAAUCUCUGGGUUUCCGACGCAGAAGCCGCUCAUCAAAUCACCUCUCGACGCGAGAACUUCCCAAAACCUCUGGAAAGCUACAAGAUCUUGACCAUCUUCGGAGAAAAUAUCAUCACCACGGAAGGAAACGAGUGGAGAAAGCACAGGAAGGUUUCUGCGCCUGGAUUCAAUGAGAAAAAUAACGUCAUGGUAUUUGCGGAAUCAUGCAAGCAAACGCAGGGGAUGUUGAAGGGAUGGCUUGGGCCAGAUGGUAAAGGAAACAGAACCUUGAAAGACGUACCGGGCGAUGCGUUGAGAUUGACUUUACACAUUAUUUCCUUGGUCGGUUUUGGCGUUCAUUUACUUUGGCCGGGAGAAACACCUGAUUCGAAGCAUGGCAAAGAAGAAGCCAUCUUCAGUAGCAACGAGCCAAGUGGUGGGCACACAAUGAGUUUCGAGCACUCUUUGGAGAAGUUGCUUGAGCGGAUGAUUAUUGUUUUGCUACUCCCAGAAUGGGCAAUGAAGCUUGUUCCGAUCAAAGUAUUCAAAGACUCGUACGAAUCACUUAUCAACUGGCGCCAGUAUAUGAAGGAACUUAUGGCACUAAAGAUUGAAGAGGCUCGCGCUGGUGAGAAGAGUGCAGGUCUUGACAUUUUAGGGAAUCUAGUCAAAAGCUCCUACGGCAAGGGGAAGGAGAUUGAUGCCGAGAAAGCGCAUACUGGAGCUAAACUCUCAGACUCGGACAUUUUAGGCAACGCAUUUGUCAUGAUUGUCGCAGGACACGAAACUACAGCUAACUCGAUUCAUUUCUCUCUCAUACAACUCGCAAUAAACCCACGUUCUCAGCGCUUGGCUCAGCAAGAAGUUGAAAAUAUUUUUGGAGACGCCGAGCCAGAGACUUGGGACUACGACUCGACAAUCAACACCCUCUUGGGCGGCAUUCUGGGUGCAAUUUUGAACGAGGAGCUCCGACUCAUGCCUCCCGUCAUUGCCAUUCCCAAGUCAGUCGCAGAAGAUGCCGACCAGGAAUUGGUUGUUGGUGGAAAGAAAUUCAUGGUGCCAGCAGGCUGCCGAAUUGCGUUGAACACAAUUGGAUUGUCUAGGAAUCCUAAAUAUUGGCCUUCACAGCCGUCUAAGAUUUCCGAGAAAGACGAAGACUUGGACGAUUUUGUCCCUGAAAGAUGGCUUGUCAAUGAUCGAAAGAGUGCCAAAGGUGGAGCAGAAGACUCGGAUCAUGAUGAAGAUGAGUUUGGAGGGUUUACUGGCAACAACUCCUCCGGAAAAUUAUUUCAUCCACCUCGAGGUGCUUUCCUUCCAUUCUCCGAUGGCCCACGAUCGUGUAUCGGACGCAGAUUAGCACAGGUGAAGGUCAUGGCUGCGCUAGCGACCAUUUUCCAAAAGUACUCCAUCGAAUUGGCAGUAGACGAAUGGGCAACGGACGAGGAGGUGGCAAAGAUGUCACAAGAGGAGAGAAAAACACUUUACAGAAAAGCACAGGACAAAGCCAACGCAACAUUGAGAAGUGCAACCACAAGGAUUACAUUGAAGCUGCACGAAGGUCAUAUUCCAGUCCGACUUGUCAUGAAUGGGGAAGAGCGCUUUGUCAAUUUCAUAGAAUAA